AUGUACCAGGAUUAUCCCGGGAACUUUGACACCUCGUCCCGGGGCAGCAGCGGCUCUCCUGCGCACGCCGAGUCCUACUCCAGCGGCGGCGGCAGCCAGCAGAAAUUCCGGGUAGAUAUGCCUGGCUCCGGCAGCGCCUUCAUCCCCACCAUCAACGCCAUCACGACCAGCCAGGACCUGCAGUGGAUGGUGCAGCCCACGGUGAUCACCUCCAUGUCCAACCCGUACCCCCGCUCGCACCCCUACAGCCCGCUGCCGGGCCUGGCCUCUGUCCCCGGGCACAUGGCCCUCCCGAGGCCCGGCGUCAUCAAGACCAUCGGCACCACCGUGGGCCGCAGGAGGAGAGACGAGCAGCUGUCCCCUGAAGAGGAGGAGAAGCGUCGAAUCCGGAGGGAAAGGAACAAGCUGGCCGCUGCCAAGUGCCGGAACCGCCGUCGGGAGCUGACGGAGAAGCUGCAGGCGGAGACGGAGGAGCUGGAGGAGGAGAAGUCGGGCCUGCAGAAGGAGAUCGCCGAGCUGCAGAAGGAGAAGGAGAAGCUGGAGUUCAUGCUGGUGGCCCACGGGCCCGUGUGCAAGAUCAGCCCCGAGGAGCGCCGGUCGCCCCCGGCCUCCGGGCUGCAGCCGCUGCGCGGGGGCGGCGGGGGCGCCGUGGUGGUGAAGCAGGAGCCCCUGGAAGAGGACAGCCCCUCGUCCUCCGCGGCAGCGGGGCUGGACAAGGGCCAGCGCUCCGUCAUCAAGCCCAUCAGCAUCGCCGGGGGCUUCUACGGGGAGGAGCCCCUGCACACCCCCAUCGUGGUGACCUCCACGCCCGCCAUCACUCCGGGCACCUCGAACCUCGUCUUCACCUACCCCAGCGUGCUGGAGCAGGAGUCGCCCGCCUCGCCCUCCGAGUCCUGCUCCAAGGCACACCGCAGGAGCAGCAGCAGUGGGGACCAGUCCUCGGACUCCUUGAACUCCCCCACCCUGCUGGCCCUGUAA